GUGAAAAAAUGUGUUGGGUCAUGGACAGGACAUACCGAACGCAUGACCAAUCCAAGACCCAGGCGCCAGUGUGAAUGGGAAGCUGAAGUCGUCGAGUACAUCAACUAUCUCUUGGAGAAGAUACGAAUACGAUCAGUGAAAGCACUCACUCGACCAUGCCUGGACAGCAGGAUUCAAAUACUUGGCCCUCAUUUCCUGCUGCCAUCUUACCUCCAUGCCCGAAAGCGCAAUCAGUCUGAGCCUCCCAUUAAUCCAGAGGUCUUGUACUUGAAGCCUCUUCGCAUCAUACAUCCAUUCUACCACCCUGAGCUUGCAAGAUGUCCUCAAUGUGAUUGUGCAGAUGGUGUUUCGUGGGAUGGAUGGACUGGGACCGGUCCUCGGGAUUUUCAUGGAUUAAUGCUUGAUGAGGCAGCGAUAGGCACACAGCUCUGCUGCGAGAGUUGC